AUGGCCCUACCAUCGUCAUCUGCGCAGGCCGACCAACCCACCGGUAUCAACGAUUUUGCCAACCAUGUUGCGGCGCAAAUGGACGACUUUGCACACGCCACAGACAUUGCCGAAGAAGCCAUUGCCCGAGACCUGGAGGAAGACGAUUCAGCAUCCGAACCUGAAGAUACGGAUGGAGAUGACGAAUCUUCGUCCGGGUCCUCGACAAUUCGCCAGUAUUCCAUGAUCAACUCUUAUCGCCGACCGUCCUACGUCAACCCCGGACCUCGAGGAUUGGCUAUUGCAUCUUCCAGUGUACCGGAAAGAAGUUUCUUAUCAACAUCUGCAAGGAAGCGCAACUAUCUCUCAAAAAGAGAGCGGGAAGCUGUGAGGGAAGACGAACGGAGCUUGCUCCGCGAUAACAACCUGCUCCUACCAAAACACCCCCGUUCAGGAAGCGUAGGGCCAGCUACCAGGAUCGGCCCCAAAACCUCGUCCUCCAUCCUGCGAAAAGUCCGCAGUACGCCAGACGAGGAGUCUGGUGGUUAUGAGGAUGCUUCCGAGGGAGACGCCCUGCUUGGGGCUGAUGGAGGCGACCCUGAUCAACCAUACGGAGGUCUUGACACGCCAAAGACAAUCAACAAAAAAUGGAACGAAGCAGUCGCGGCCGGAAAGAUCAACACGAGCUGGAAGCGAGAGACCAAGGUCCUGACCAAGAGUUCCGCGCCCAUGAUCCUGACCUUCCUCCUGCAGUACAGCCUUCCUGUGGCCAGUAUCUUUACCGUCGGCCACAUUGGAAAGACGGAGCUUGGCGCCGUAUCUCUCGCCUCCAUGACAGCCUCUAUAACUGGACAUGCAGUCUAUCAGGGUCUUGCGACAUCCCUCGACACACUCUGUGCCCAAGCCUACGGUUCCGGUCGCCCGCAUCUUGUGGGUCUGCAGCUGCAGCGCAUGCUCGCCUUCCUUCUGCUCAUCACCAUCCCAAUCUCUAUCAUCUGGGCUUUUGGUACUGAGAUCCUGUCCCUCAUCGUUCCCGAAAAAGAAACCGCGCGCCUCGCUGGUCUCUACUUGCGAGUCCUGAUCUUUGGCGCACCAGGCUACGCGGCGUUCGAGAGUGGGAAACGCUACGUCCAAGCGCAAGGUCUGUUCAGCAUAAACAUGUACAUUUUGCUCGUCUGCGCGCCGCUCAACGCUUUCCUGAACUGGCUGUUCGUCUGGCACCUUGGCUGGGGUUUCGUCGGUGCGCCAAUUGCCGUCGCCAUCACUGAGAACGUCCUCCCUAUCGCACUCUUCUUGUACGUCCGCUUCAUCGACGGCUACCAGUGCUGGGGAGGCUUCGACCGCCGAGCCUUGAAGAACUGGACACCGAUGAUCAAACUCGCACUUCCAGGUCUUGUCAUGGUUCUCGCAGAAUUCCUGGCCUUCGAAGUCCUUACCCUGUCCUCCUCCUGGCUCGGCGAGAGCGAACUUGCUGCCCAGUCCGUGCUAGGAAGUAUCACAGGCCUCACCUUCCAGAUCCCAUUCCCCAUGAGCGUCGCAGCCUCGACACGUAUUGCCAACCUUAUCGGUGCUACGCUGGCGGUGCCCGCCAAGACAGCAGCGAAGGUAGCGCUUGUAGCCUCCAUCAUUGUCGGCUUCGGUAAUCUGUUUCUUCUUAGUCUACUGCGCAACCAGAUCCCCCGUCUCUUUACUCCGGACGAAGAAGUCAUCGACCUCGUCGCCAAACUGCUCCCCUUGUGCGCCACAUUCCAAGUUUUCGACGCUCUGGCCGCAAACUGCAACGGUAUACUGCGCGGACUGGGCAGGCAAGAAGUUGGCGGCUAUGUAAGCCUACUCGCAUAUUACAUCAUCGGCAUGCCGAUUAGUUUCGGCGCCGGAUUUGGCGCAAAAUGGGGAUUGUGGGGGUUGUGGGCAGGACCCGCGGUGGCGUUGGGCGUGGUCAGUCUGAUUGAGUGCGUGUUCAUCUACCGAACGAGCUGGGAUCGGGCAGUCGAGGCGGCCAAGAUCAGGAAUGCCGCGAAUUGA